CGCCGCGUGACGUCACGCUCCCGACAACCAUGGCCACCGGCGGCAGCAGCUAGGAGGAGAAGGCUCAGGGUGAACGUUUCAAUCCGCCGCAUCCGCCGCGUUCGCGCGCCUCAGCCGCCAACAUUUCGAGCGGAACAUAUCCCGCACAAGUCCCCGCGCUCGCCGGCGCCAAUAUUUCUGCGAUCCCGCGCAAGACCUCGGCGAGCGCCACGGCGACCCGGCCUCGCACCAUGGAGUUGCGCAUCGGCAAUAAGUACCGGCUGGGCCGCAAAAUCGGCAGCGGCUCCUUCGGCGACAUCUACCUGGGCACCAACAUCGCGACGGGUGAGGAGGUGGCCAUCAAGCUAGAGUGCGUGAAGACCAAGCACCCUCAAUUGCACAUUGAGAGCAAGAUCUACAAGCUGCUGCAGGGCGGGGUCGGCAUCCCCGUGAUCAAGUGGUGUGGUGCGGAGGGCGACUACAAUGUGAUGGUGAUGGAGCUGCUAGGCCCCAGCAUGGAGGACCUCUUCAACUUCUGCUCCCGCAAGUUCAGCCUGAAGACCGUGCUGCUGCUCGCGGACCAGAUGAUCAGCCGCAUCGAGUACCUGCACUCGAAGAACUUCAUCCACCGUGACAUCAAGCCCGACAACUUCCUUAUGGGCCUGGGCAAAAAGGGCAACCUCGUCUACAUCAUCGACCUGGGCCUGGCGAAGAAGUACCGCGACUCGCGCACCCACCAGCACAUCCCCUACCGCGAGAACAAAAACCUGACGGGCACGGCGCGAUACGCCUCCAUCAACACCCACCUGGGCAUCGAGCAGAGCCGGCGGGACGAUCUGGAGUCCCUGGGCUACGUGCUCAUGUACUUCAACCUGGGCUCGCUGCCCUGGCAGGGCCUCAAGGCGGCCACAAAGCGCCAGAAAUACGAGCGCAUCAGCGAGAAAAAGAUGUCGACGCCGAUCGAGAUGCUCUGCAAGACUUACCCCUCCGAGUUUGCGACGUACCUCAACUUCUGCCGCUCACUGCGAUUCGACGACAAGCCUGACUACUCGUACCUGCGACAGCUCUUCCGCAACCUGUUCCACCGGCAGGGCUUCUCCUACGACUACGUGUUCGACUGGAACACGCUCAAGUUUGGAGGCAGUCGUGCCGGGCAGGAGGAGGCCGGGCGAGAGCGGCGUGAGCGGGAGGAGCGACUCAAUGGCACGCACGCCCACGUGCCGACACGCGCGUUGCCCGGCUCGGCCGCUGGCAGAAUCCGGCAGGAUCACGCCGCCAUGCCAGCUCCCCUCUCUCCCACACACCAGCCUCCCGGGGUGGUGGGUACCCGUCCAUCCGUGCGCCCCGAGCAGGACCGCAAGGUGAGCAUGCGUCUGCACCGCGCCGCGCCCGUCAACCGCUCCUCCUCCGACCUGACGGGCGGGCAGGAGCCCCUCCCCCGCGUCGCCUCCAAGUACUGUAGCUCACUGCCGCCUGCCACUGAGCGACUGCGCCACUAUGCCAAACGGACACGCGUUGGCGCGUUCAUGACGCUGCCUGCCGCCAUCUCGUCCAGCAGCGGACUGAACUCGGCAGCCCUGCGCCGGAGCAGCGCGUCGGGCCGGGCAGAAGAUGGAGACGCCAUGUCGCGCUCCAACUCCUCCCGCGUGCUCAAGAAGUGACGGCCCCCGCUCCCCCCGUGCCCCCUCCCCCUCCGUGCCAGCCCCCCACAAGACUCUCCUCCCCCCAUCGCGCCCGGGACGAGCAGCCCUUUGGACCGCGCGCCACCCGCGGUGCCGCGGCUGCUACCCUCUGCGCCGCCCACGUGC